AUGUCUUCUCCAAGUUUUACCUCUUCUAUCUAUGUGUUUCUCUUGGCUCUCCUGUUCCAAAUUGCCAUGGGAGUUGAUCCCCUCUUCCAUUUCUGUUCAACCUCUGAGAAUUUCACAGCAAAAAGCUCUUACGAAACAAACCUAAACAAACUCAUUGGUGAUCUCUACUUCAAAACUCCUCUGACCGGGUUCGGUCUCGACUCCGUUGGACAGUACCAUGACCAGGUCUACGGGAUCUCUCUAUGUCGAGGCGACGUUUCAAGCACAAAUGCAAGGCCUGUGUUGCUGAGGCGGGCAGCGAAACCCGAAAACGCUGCCCCGACAACAAAAGUGCAAUCAUUUG